GGGAAACAGAUUUCCGUCAUGAAGGUUGUGUGCAGCAUCGUUGUUCUAUGGACUUGCUUGAUAACUAUGUGGCAGUCAGCUGGCCACGUUAACGCAGAGGGUUGCCUGAAGCACCACAACCUGACCAGUGCCCAAGUGGAGGCAGUGGCUCCAUCCACUCCCGUUGCGGAGGUUCCUGUGGCCGUUAAGUGCUACAGCAGGUGUCUGAUCCAGGAUUAUUUCGGCGAUGAUGGCAAAAUCGAUCUGCAGAAGGUGGGAAAGCGAGGAUCUGAGGAGGACCUUGUGAUUUUGUCCCAGUGCAAGCAGCAAUUCGAUGGCGUCACCAAUCUGGACACGUGCGACUAUCCAUACCUGAUUCUACAGUGUUAUUUUAGGGUCAAGCAGAGCGGAACUAUCGCCUCGUAAUUUAACAAUUAACAAAAAAAAAAUAAAAAUAAAGUAUAUAUACAUUAAAACAUACAUACACACAUGACGGACACAAUGGGAUUCAUCACAGUUUAUUGUCGAGUUUCCUAAUCAGAUCAAACGCCCUGUGAUGGCAAUUACACACGAUUGUGCUUAGUAUAAGUGUGAUUUUCAUUUUUAUUUGUAUACACUGAUUAAUAAUUGUAUUAGAACAAAAUAGUAGA